AUGCUGUGUUUAACCAUGAAGAUGCCAAAAACGUUUUUCUCUCUCUUUCGUAUCUUUGUGCUCUUAACUGGCUUCUCAAUUAUUUGCAUGGGAGCCUUUUGCAUUUCCACAGGUUCCUCUUUGUGCAGAUGUGGGAAUAAUCUGCCCAUUGCUUAUUCUCUGUUACCUUUGGGGUUCUUACUCCUUGUGACUGGGAUUUUCUGGAGCACGUACCAUGAAGUCAGAAAAAACAAAAACCUGUUCUAUAUUUUCCAGAGAAAUCCCAGCCAUAGAGAAAUGCACAUCAACACCAUAGACAGGCCUGAUUUCUACCCUCCGUGCUAUGAAGAUAGCACUGAUCCGGGAAAACAGACUUUCCCAAUACCACUCUCCAUUUCAGCAAGAGAGGAAGAGAUCUACAACAUCCCUCCGCCACUGUAUACUGAAAGCAGCAUGGAAUUCAUAGAUGAAACCAGCCUUCAGGAGGAACAACCACCAUCAUACGAAAUGUCUGUGCAGCAGCAGCAGCCAACAGCCGAGCAUGACUCAAAUACAGAAGGAGUUUCAGGCACUUGUCAUGCACCCAUGCCAGGAGUCAGUUGCUAA